ACUAGGUUGUGAGCUUCUAGUAGCUUAUUCCAGUAAAACCAUCACUAAUUCCUCCAGCUUCGGCUCGCAGCCGAUUAUCCAUGGAGCAGUCACACCCACGAAUGUGUGUAGUACUUACUCUAAAGAGCUGGCUUUUAACCCUUUCAUCUUUAUUUGUGUGGUGUAAUUGAAAUCCUAUAACAUCUCGGUAUUAACACUACUACUACUCAUAUACUCUAUCUUCGCAACUGCACAAACCCGCCCGUCUUAUUUAUCUACUCACAUAACGAGCACCCUUUAGCCUUGAAUUUACGAGUGACAAUUACAUUAUGCGCGGGAAAACGAAGAAGCUUGUGACUUAUGGUAAAGCUAGCUCACAUAAUCCCCCGAAUCUCAAAAAUGGUGUACAAGACCUCGCAGCGCCUCACACUAUCUGUAGUGAGGGCGAAAGCGCAAAGGCUUCCUGCUCAAGCCCCUUGACCAAGUCACUGGAUUUAUCGCAUCAUGAUGCUGGCUCACAAAGUACAAGCUCAGUUGAUAUUCCAGGUUCUCAGAGUAGCCAGGGGAAGGCCUAUGAUGAUGUCAGCGGGAAAAAGCGCCGAAAGCUCUUUCGUGAAAACGUGCAACAAAUUCGGGACCAGAGUAUGAGUGUUAAUUCUGACACUGCGCCUACGUCUGCGCACAGAAGCUAUGCAGAGUUUGGCAAGACUACAAGUCCGGAUUGUGCCAAGUCCAACGAGGUCUUCCAUAUGGGCGAAGCUCAGGACAGGGGCACCUUUCCUAGGAAAGCUCAGUUUGAAAUCGAACCCUUGGGGGCCAACUUUGGGGCAAUGUCGCGGUCACCAUAUAGAGUUUAUUCUUCCAAGGCAGCUAGUCUUCCUAUAUCCUGUUCCCAUGACGAAGAUACGACUAGAUAUCAUAAGCGACUACCGACUAUCCGAAAGAGGUUGGUUGAUUCGCUAAGUGCAGCAGAAGAGUUUGCUAGGGAUGGGAUACGAGAUACUCUGACAGAUCGUGACUACCAGUCUGACUGCCACUCACUCUCGCAACUUAUCUGGGAAGAAAAAGAUCGACAGUCGACAGCAGAUAUACAUCAAUCAAAGGCCCCUAGUACAGACAGCGCUGAACCAUCGGGUAUUCCCAAAGCACCGAGGUUCGGAAGGUCUCGGGUUACAUAUGCACACCAACGUUCUUUUCUAAACGAUGCUUCUACUGUGGGCCUUGUCGAUGAUCCUGGGAUAUCAGUAUCUACGAUGUGUUGUAACCCUAGGCGGCCGCAACCAAGCCCAGGACUUCUUUCUCAAGCUUACUCACAUGUUGAAGAUGAGGAAAGCCUCGACAACAGACCCGUUCAAAGCAUUCACGAGCUGAGGCAGGCUGGAGACAAUGCACGCUUUCAGGAGACCGUGGAAUUGGUUUUCGAAGAUAUAGAAGACCCUCAUAAUUCCGUGUCCGAGGCAUGUAAUGGUUUUCUCCAACUGUGUACGAGGCUAAUGGAACCUCAAUUUUUGCGUCGCUUUUGCGAAAGCGGCUUUGAUAUCCGACUCGUGAAAUGUAUGACAAAUGACCUUGAUAUAGUUUCAACCACUCUAGCUCUAUGCGCGUUCAGAUUGAUCUAUGUCAGUGGCUCCCUUCCGCCUACACUUCUGACUCCUUUUUGGUCCAAACUUUUGGAUAUAUCCUCUACUCUGAUUGGCGCUGAAGAUGAUUUAUUGCUUCUUGCGAGGCAGCGACCACUUGGUCUGUCCAAGGCCGUCCAAGCAUCUUUGAAGGCUCUCCUGCCUCGUUUAUCCCUUGCAGUAUACGGAGAGCAGCCGAUUACAUCUAUAUCACCACGGCUGCUGAUUCUUUUAAAUAUCCAAUCUGCACUGUUGAUAUUUCAAGAAAAGGGCACUAGUGUUGAUAUCCCGGUACCGUUGUUAACCCCGAUAGUUGGGCUACUAUCGCCAGAAACAUGUGAAAAUGCCAAAUUUCCUUUGCCUUUGCAGCGGUUCCAUGUGCUCGUGCUAGCCCUGUCGAUCUUGGAGGCCUAUACAAUGCUGUCGGGACCUUUGGAUGCCGAUCAUCGCAACUCAUUUCAGCCACUCACUCGGUAUCAUAGCCUUCUCUAUGCAGACCAGACUAAUCAAAGUCGACAAGUCUUGGUAUUAUACAUCCGGGUGCUAUUGAAUCUUACGAACAGAGACCCGUCUUUUUGUGAGGCGUGCUGCAGACCUGAAUUCGUUGGCGGACUUGUCAACAUUAUCACAUCGAAAUUCUGCGCUGUGUCCGAAGAAGCUAUUACAAAAGAAAAUAGCGCGCUAGACACCAUAAUACUAGCCUUGGGCGCACUUAUUAAUAUGGCGGAGAAAAGCGAACUAUCGCGAUCUAUCUUCUUAGAGUCGAUGGAUAAUUCUGCAUCUUUCCUUCACUUGCUCUUACAACAAUUUUCUGCUGGCAUCAGUUCUGUUACCCAGGCGCACUCCGUUUCCGAGAUGCAGCACAAUGUUGCUAUUGGGUACUUGUCGAUCCUUCUAGUUACACUUUGUUUAAAUAAGGAGGCGUUGGCUCAUGUCAAAGCAUCUCUACAUGGCAGGGGACUUACAUCGGCGCUAUCGACGGCCGAGGAGUUUCUGCGAUAUCACCAGAAGGUCGAGAAAGAUUCACAUUUGCUAGGUACACGAAACAAAGAUGGAGCCGAACUCACGUCAAGAUUAGAGCAGAUCAUCUACCAGAUACGGCAGCAUGUGGAACAAUAAAAAAACAAGCUGAGUCUAUAUAACUGUUAUGGUAUUCAGGCACAACUGUCUUUCUCUUUUUGUUCUUUCAACUACUUCCAUCCUGGCCUACUUCAUGUUUUCAUUUUUUUUCUUCUCCUUUAAAGAGGUCUCUUUUCGGCCCAUCUUGGAAUAGGGAAAAGUUUGUAUACUCGAUGAGGUGACAAUGCCUGGAUGAUCAAUUCAGAAGGUAAAAAAUGGAAACCGUAUCAAGAUGGAUAUGACAUCAAAUCUGGGACAGGGGUUUGAGAUUGGUGACUAUUUAAGAUCCAUCUUUGUCCGCCCGCCUAGG